AUGCCUUUGCACGACUUUGAGCUGCCAGCUGGUACCAGCAUCCUUCCUAGCUCCACCCAGGACACUCGCAGGGAUGAGGAAAUCAGCGCUUCUUUGAUCAAUCCCCCGGCAGAAGUGACUUCUCAAAAGAACGUCUGGGCCUUUUGGGAUAAAGGCUUCAACCAGCUCCAUAGCUGGCAGAAGCGAAACGUCAUUGGCUGGGUCCGCAAGCUGGGACCUGGCUGGACAGUUCGAGUCCUCGACUACGUGGAAGGCUCUCCGACUAAUCUGCUCCAUUAUGUCGAUGCAAGUAACCUGCCCGAGGCCAUUGUCAACCGCAACAUGACUGGAGCCCAUUCCGGACAGCACGUAUCGGAUUUAGUUCGCCUGCCUCUGUUAUAUCAGUAUGGAGGAAUCUACCUUGAUAUCGGCGUCAUGCUAUUGGGCGAUAUCGAGGAGAGCUUGUGGAAGAAGAUAAAAGACCCGGAGUCCGACUACCGCAUUGGGGGUUUCGCCCACGAGCAUCGCAAGAAUAGCUGGGGCAGCAUGCAGAACUUCUGUAUUGUUACUCAGAAAGGGGAGGAGAUCAUCCAGAGAUGGCAUCGGGUGAUGUUGGAAGCCUGGAGAGGGCGCAGUAGCAGCCAGGGGCUUGUUCGACAUCCUAUCUUCGACGGAGUGCCGGCCGAGCCAAACCCACGAGUGCUCAUGUCCAUUCAUCCUGGCACGGAGGAGCUGUUGUUGGAUUACUGGGUGAAUCUAUUGGCCUGGGAGAGAAUCAAAGUCACCGUCGACGACGCAAGCGGAUUCAAUGGCCCGGAGUACAUCCGCAAACACGUUCUCUUGCUGGAGCCCAUGCAGGAGGCCUUUGCCGCGGAUGUUCGCACCCGACUGAACACUCCCCGACUGUUCCAGAUGCUGACCUGCCCACGCGAUAUUACAGCUGAGGGGGUGGAUCCUGCGUUGCAUGCUGAGGCAAAGGCGCUGGUGGACUACUUGCUGACCAGCUCGACGGUCAUGAAGCUAUACCACGGACAUGGGUAUAUGCGGGCCCCGCCGCUCGCAAGCUUCUGGGAAGCGCCAGGAAACGAGGAUGCAGAUAUGAGACCGGGUACUUUUGGCGAGUAUCUGCGUUAUGCAGGUGAGACUAUCGACCAGCAGCGAAAGGUACAGCCCCUCUCUCUGUCUGCAUAUGACGGGCCGAUUGUAAGGGGGCCACUGCCUUGA